AUGGGAAUUGAGGUUCUACAACAUUCGAUUGAAGAAUACAAAUCCCAACUUAUAGAAGCGGAAAGCAAAAACAAUUUUUUGCAAAAGGCUGUUAACAGUUCUGAAAGCCAGUUGCUGAUAUGUCGCAAAGCAAGGGAAGUCAUAACAGAUGACUAUGCUCAAUUAAUAGAAAAAUAUCAAGAAAUGUCGAUAGAUUUCAUGAUGUGGAAGGACGAGUACGAGACAUUGAGACGAAAGUAUGAUGAUGCUAUAGGUCGGAUGGAACGAGGGGCUGAAAAAUUAAGACAAAUGGCGAGGGUGGCAGAUCAAUUCUCAGUGCAAGUUCAAGCAGUUCGUCAAGACGUUGAAGGUCUGAAGGAUCAAUUGGCAAAAAUCCUAGAAUUGCUCACCACCGGAAGAGGAAAGAGUGUUGCGGGGACUUCAUCACAAGUGGAAGUGGAUCUGAAUCAGGUACUGGAGGACAUGCCUGCAUAUCCUCCGGGUUUCACUCCUCAAAGGUCAUCUAGUCCACGCAUGGGGGAUAGGACAUAUCCUACAUCAUUUCCCGCGCCAAAUCCUAACACAACCACCCAACAAGAAGCCCAUGCGAACAAUCCUAUAUCUACUCUAAUUAUGGAAGGUGGUAAGAAAAUUUCAGAAGAGCAGGAUGUGGUGAUCCCUCCCAAAUUCAAGACUUCAGAUUUUGAGAAAUACAAUGGAACCUCAUGUCCAAAAAGCCACCUAGUUAUGUACUGUCGGAAAAUGUCAGCUUAUGCUCAUGAUGAUAAAUUGUUGAUUCAUUGCUUCCAAGACAGCUUAGUCGACCCGGCUUCUCGUUGGUACAUGCAAUUGGAUGGUUCAGAAGUGCAUAGGUGGAAGGAUCUUGCUGAUUCUUUUUUAAAACAAUAUAAGUACAACAUUGAUAUGGCGCCCGAUCGUCUAGACCUUCAGAGAAUGGAAAAAAAGAAUGUUGAAACUUUUAAGGAAUAUGCACAGCGAUGGAGAGAGUUAGCUGCACAAGUGCAACCUCCCCUGACAGACAAAGAAUUGACAGCUAUGUUCAUAAACACUCUUCGGGCCCCAUACUAUGAUAGAAUGGUUGGAAGUGCUUCAACUAAUUUCUCGGACGUCAUAACCAUUGGGGAGAGGAUUGAAUUUGGAGUAAAGAAUGGAAGGAUCUCUGAUCCCGCUUCAGAAACAAGAAGAGUGAUGACCCCAAAGAAAAAAGAAGGAGAAGUACACGAGUUGAGUUCGACUCAAAGAGUAGCAACACGUGUAUCCUCACCAAUUGUGGGGCAGACAAAUUUCUCUCCUAGUUAUCAAAAUGGAGGUCAAAGCCCAUUUGGUCAGUCAACUCAGAGAAAUAUAAGGAACAAUUGGAAGCAAACCCGUUUUGAUCCUAUACCUAUGUCGUACACGGAACUUUUGCCUCACCUUAUAAAGAGUCAUCAAGUGGCUAUUGUACCACAAGAGCCUCUACAACCACCAUAUCCUAAGUGGUAUGACCCCAACGCAAAAUGUGAAUACCAUGCUGGGGCAGUUGGGCAUUCUACGGAGAAUUGUUUUCCUUUGAAAGCUAAAGUGCAACGUCUAGUUAAAGCCGGUUGGUUAAGGUUCAAGAAGACAGGGGAAGAGCCUGAUGUCAACCAGAACCCUUUACGAAAUCAUGAGGGUCCCUCCAUAAAUGCAGUUGACACGUUCAUGCAAAGACAUAAGAAUAAGGUGAGCGACGUAGCUACUUCAAUGAAAACGCUUUUCCAAAUCCUCCAUGGAGCUGGAUAUUUGUCAUCAAGGUUUAACAAUGAUGAUAGAGAGAAGAUUGGAUGCACCAACAAUGAGCAGUGUUUACUCCAUCCAGAGACAAAUGACCAUUCCAUUGAGGACUGUUGUCCUUUUGCUUAUAAGGAUAACCAUGCCGUUCCAUGGAAAUAUGAAUGUCAGUUCAUCACGGACAAUGUCGUUUCUGCAACAGUCGGAGGAAUAACGCGUAGUGGAAGGUGUUAUACACCAGAUAAUUUAAAAGAUGUCUCUAAGGAGGAUGAAGUUCGACGACGUAAAGGAAAAGCUAUAGAAAUGGCAGGUGAAGAUGAUCUAAAUGAUCUGAGCAAGGUUUUUACUGAAAAGAACACAUUAGUUGAGAAAGAGACAGAUCACGAAGUUGUCUCCAAAGAAGAAGCCUGUGAAUUUUUAAAGUUAAUUAAGCAGAGUGAAUAUAAAGUGAUUGAAUAAUUACAUCGUACCCCAGCUCGUAUAUCGAUGUUGUCAUUAUUCAUGUACUCUGAACCGCAUCGUAAGGUUUUGUUGGAUAUCUUAAAUAGAGCCCAUGUAGGACAUGAUAUUUCAGUGAAUGCACUUAGUGAAAUCGUGGAAAAUAUAACUACUACAAAUUGCAUUUCCUUUACAGAUGAAGAAAUUCCCCCUGAAGGUACUGGACAUACUAAGGCAUUACACAUAUCUGUGAAGUGUAAGGACCAUCACGUGGCGAGGGUUCUGGUAGAUAAUGGUUCAUCUUUAAAUAUAAUGUCGAGAUCCACGUUGAUGAAACUCCCCAUAGAUCCAUCGUACCUAAGACCAAGUACUAUGGUUGUAAGAGCCUUUGACAGUGCAUGUAGAGAAGUAAUCGGGGAUAUAGAUAUCCCAUUAAAAAUUGGGCCUUCCACUUUCAACGUUUCAUUCCAAGUAAUGGAUAUAAAUUCCUUAUACAGUUGUCUACUGGGAAGACCUUGGAUUCAUUCAGCAGGGGCAGUCCCAUCUUCACUACACCAAAGGUUGAAAUUUAGUGUAGAAGGUGGUCAAGCUAUUGUUUAUGGAGAAGAGGACAUGUUUGUAACAAAAACAUCAGUACUUCCUUAUGUUGAAGCAACGGAAGAAGCUCUGGAAUGUUCUUAUAGAUCGUUUGAAAUUGCUAAUGCUACUACAUUUCCGACAGAAGGUUUGAGCAUGGACCGUUAUGUGUCUAAGACAUCUCUAAUGAUUGCAAAGACAAUGAUCAAAAGUGGUUUCCAAAUGCAUAAGGGAUUGGUAAAAGAUAAUCAAGGGGACUCGGAAGUGAUUUCUCUUCCUAAAGCCAAGGAAAAGUUUGGUUUGGGCUAUAAGCCAGUAACUUCUGAAUGUGAGAAGGUUCGAGCAAAAAAGAAAGAAAAGAGAAGCGCGCUCCUUAUGGGAUGCGAGAUGAAGGAGGAAAGAAUAAGCAUACCUCAUUUAUCUGAGACAUUUAAGCUUGGAGAAUUGUUGUUUGAUACCCACCAGAGAAAAAGACAUAACGAAGAUUCUGAGAUCUUAAUUGCAGUUGUCUCCGAGAAUACUAGUCUACCUCAUCCUUUGGUUCAUAAGUGUCCGCCAGGAUUUGAGUUGAACAAUUGGGAGAUCAAGAAGACAUUGAAAGUCACUAAGGGAUCGCAAAAGAACACCAGAGUGGAAGGUGACGUUGAUGACGCUGUUGAUUUCGAAGUUCCAAUUUGUAAUCUUGAGCAAAAUAUUGGAGAGGGUGAAUCUGAUAUAUCACCUGAAUUACUAAGAUUGAUAGAGCAAGAAGAAAAGAAGACUAUGUCAUAUCAAGAAACUUUGAACGUUAUUAAUUUGGGAACACCGGAAGAAGUGAAAGAAGUGCGAAUUGGCACUUUGGCCUCGGAGCAAGAUCAAUCAGAGCUGGUGACCCUACUUCACGAGUUUAAAGAUAUAUUUGCAUGGUCUUACCAGGAUAUGCUCGGUUUGGAUACAGAAAUUGUAACACAUCGAUUACCACUCAAACCAGAAUGUAAGCCUAUACGACAAAAGCUUCGCAAAUUGAAACCUGAAAUGUUGAUAAAGAUCAAGGAGGAAGUUAAAAAGCAGUUUGAUGCUGGAUUCUUAGCAGUAGCAAAAUACCCAAUUUGGGUUGCAAAUAUUGUCCCCGUUCCAAAGAAAGACGGGAAGGUUAGAAUGUGCGUAGACUAUAGAGAUCUUAAUCGAGCAAGUCCUAAAGACAACUUUCCUCUUCCUCACAUUGACGUGUUGGUAGAUAAUACUGCCGGUUUUUCCACCUUCUCAUUUAUGGAUGGAUUUUCAGGAUACAACCAAAUCAAAAUGGCUUCAGAAGAUCAAGAAAAAACGACAUUCAUCACCUUGUGGGGAAUGUUCUGCUAUAAAGUAAUGCCUUUUGGGUUAAAAAAUGCAGGAGCAACUUAUCAGAGAGCGAUGGUUACAUCAUUCCAUGACUUGAUGCAUAAAGAAAUUGAAGUUUAUGUUGAUGAUAUGAUUGCCAAGUCCAGACUCGAAGAAAAGCAUGUGGUUACCCUUCGUAAGCUUUUUGAACGUUUGCGAAAGUUCCAAUUAAAGUUGAAUACAGUAAAAUGCACAUUUGGAGUUUCUUCUGGGAAGUUAUUGGGUUUCAUUGUUAGUCGUGAAGGCAUCAAGAUGGACCCAGACAAAAUCAAGGCUAUAGUUGACUUAAGGUCACCAAAAACACAAAAGGAGGUAAGAAGUUUUUUAGGAAGGUUGAAUUACAUUGCACGAUUUAUUUCACACCUUACUCAAAUUUGUGAGCCAAUUUUAAAAUUGCUUCGCAAAAAUGAGAUUUGUCAUUUGAAUGAAGAUUGCCAAAAAACUUUUGACAAGAUCAAAGACUACUUGCAAAGCCCUCCUAUCCUCGUUCCGCCAACUCCAGGACGACCUUUGAUCUUAUACUUGACAGUGAAGGAGGGGUCAAUGGGAUGGCUGGGACAACAUGACUCUACUGGAAAGAAAGAGCAAGCUGUCUAUUAUUUGAGCAAGAAGUUCACGAAUUAUGAAUCAAAAUACUCAUUGUUGGAAAAAACAUGUUGUGUUUUAGCAUGGACGACUCAAAGAUUAAGACAGUAUAUGUUGUACUAUACUACAUGGCUUAUUUCAAAAAUGGAUCCUAUAAAAUACAUUUUUGAAAAGCCAUCCUUAUCAGGAAGGAUAGCUAAGUGGCAAGUGUUGUUAUCAGAGUUUGAUAUCGUUUACAUUACUAGAAAGGCCAUAAAGGGUAGUGUGAUUGCUGAUUGCUUAGCGGAGUUACCAAUUGAGGACUAUGAGCCCAUGAAGUUCGAUUUUCCAGAUGAAGAUAUCAUGGCAUUAGUAAAUACAUCAUCGAAUACAUGGACAAUGAUGUUUGAUGGAGCCACGAACGAAAUAGGGCACGGUGUGGGAGCAAUUUUGAUGUCCCCCGAUGGGAAGUGGUACCCUUUAACUGCUAAGUUAUAUUUCGAUUGCACCAAUAACAUGGCUGAGUAUGAGGCAUGUAGUAUGGGAGUGCGAAUGGCAUACGAGAUGAAAGUAAAAAAAUUACGAGUCCUUGGGGACUCCCUGUUGGGAGUACAUCAGCUGAAUGGGGAAUGGGAGACAAGGGAUGCUAAAUUGAUCCCUUAUAACGAUUAUAUUCGAACAAUAGCGCAAACUUUUGAUUCAAUAACUUUUGAACACGUCCCACGCGAAAGCAAUCAGGUUGCAGAUGCAUUAGCCACUCUUUCUGCCAUGUUUAAUGUAGCUUACAGUGAAGAAGUUCAACCCAUAAGGAUGGAGAAGUAUAAGACACCAUCCUAUUGUAUGAGCCUCGAACGGGAACCUGACGGUAAACCUUGGUAUCAUGAUAUUAAGCACUACAUCGCAUAUCGGGAGUAUCCAUCAGGGGUAUCAGAAAAUAGUAAGCGCAUCGUUAGGAGGCUAGCCAUGAAGUUCUUUCUAAGUGGUGAAGUAUUAUACAAAAGAAAUUACGAUAUGACUCUACUGCGAUGCGUCGAUGCUUUGAAAGCCAAAAAAAGUUUGGAAGAAAUUCAUGAAGGAGUGUGUGGGACGCAUGCAAAUGGACACAUGAUGGCGAGGCAAAUUUUACGUGCUGGUUAUUUUUGGUUGACCAUGGAGUCAGACUGCAUCAAAUAUGUGAGAAGAUGCCAUAAAUGUCAAAUAUACGCAGAUAAAACGCAUGCUCCAGCCUCUCCAUUGCAUGUGUUGACGGCUCCAUGGCCUUUCUCCAUGUGGGGUUUGGAUGUAAUUGGACCCAUUGAGCCAAAGGCAUCAAAUGGUCAUCGAUUCAUUUUGGUAGCCAUAGAUUAUUUCACGAAAUGGGUAGAGGCUGCUUCCUACAAAAGUGUCACCAAGCAGGCCGUUAUCAAGUUCAUAUGAAAGGACAUUAUAUGUCGGUAUGGUUUACCUGAGCGUAUCAUCACCGAUAAUGGAAAAAACCUUAAUAAUAAAUUAAUGGAGGAGUUAUGCAAUCAGUUCAAGGUUAAACACUCUAAUUCCACUCCUUAUCGCCCUAAGAUGAAUGGGGCAGUGGAAGCAGCAAAUAAAAAUAUCAAAAGGAUUCUCGAGAAAAUGUCGGUCACUUAUAGAGAUUGGCAUGAAAUGCUACCUUUCGCAUUGCAUGGAUAUAGAAUAUCAGUCCGCACGUCAACAGGGUCAACCCCUUUUUCACUAGUGUAUGGUUUCGAAGCAGUUUUACCUGUUGAAGUUGAGGUGCCAUCCCUUAGGGUAAUCCAAGAGUUAGAACUAGAUGAAGCAAAGUGGGCUCAAGUAAGAUACGAGCAAUUGAAUUUCAUAGAAGAAAGGAGACUGACUGCAUUAUGUAGAGGACAGUUAUACCAAAAGAAAAUAGCACGAGCGUAUAACAAAAAAGUUCGACAUCGCCAUUUCCAAGAAGGAAAUCUAGUGUUAAAAAGGAUCCUGCCUUUUCAAAAGGAUCAUAGAGGAAAAUGGACUCCUAAUUACGAGGGACCAUAUAUAGUAAAAAGAGAUUUCUCGGGAGGAGCUUUAAUUUUGACAAAUAUGGACGGAGAUGACUUGCCUAACCCAAUAAGUGCAGACUAUGUGAAGAAAUACUAUGCAUAA